AUGUUUUUGGUACGAUUGCAUUUGAAUGACAAUUGCAUCAGCGAUUUGGAUGGUUUGACGCAAAAACAUUUGCCAAGAUUGAAGUAUCUCGAUUUGACCAAUAAUUUUAUAACGUCCUUGAAAUCAUUGGGUUCGUACAAUACCAUAAUGGAAUUUUAUUGUGCCCAUAAUAAGAUUAAAGAAUUAAAAGAUAUUGAAAAUCUACAAAAUUGGAACAAAUUACAGAUUAUUGAUCUUAGUUAUAAUCCAAUUGAAUCCUCAAUUGUUUACAAAGAUUUUCUUAUAUUUCACUUGAUUGAUCUCAAGUACAUUUCUGGACAAUGUGUAGAAAAAUCAAAUAUCAUGGAAACAAGAAACACAUAUGGAAAUAUAUUGAAUCGAAAUAUGUUGAUGAACAUGAACGUUGGAAUAAAAUUAGCAAAUCUCAGACAAUUGGAUGUCGUUAAAUGUUCUAUUAAAAAGAUAAAUUUACCUUCCAAUUUGUUACCUAAUUUGGAGAGCAUUGAUUUAAGUAGAAAUCAAAUCAUUUCUAUGGAAAAUUUAAAUACUCUUCCUAAACUGAAAACUUUACGUUUGAGUUACAAUCGUUUGGAGACAUUCCAAUUGGAUAAUAAAUUGAACAAUUUUGAUUGCUUUUCUAAUUUAUCUACUUUAUAUUUGGAUCAUAAUCGUAUUGGCUCAAUAACGUGGGACGAUGAUUUCAAUCUAUUUCCAACAUUGAAACAUCUCUUUUUACAACAUAAUAAACUUUCUAAUAACGAAGAUGAAUUAGAAAAAUUAACAUUGUUGAAAAACUUGGAAGAAUUGACUCUCUUAGACAAUCCAUUGUAUAAAUCGAUGAAUUAUUAUAAAUUUUGUUUACGUUGUUUAGAUAAAAUCAAAAAUAUCGAUGGGUUUAAUUUAUCGAAUAAAACAUGUCCCUGCAAUGAUCUUUCCAUAUACGAAAGCGUGCCAAUGCAUUCAACGUCAGAAAACUAA